AUGCGGUACCCGUUCGCUUCGAGCUCGCCCUUGCAGGCCGCCGUAGCGCCGAUCGACAAAACAUCGUCAACAUCAACAACUGUUACCACUUCAACCUCACCUGGCGAUUUCCCAUUGCCUACUCGCCGCACUCAUCCUUAUCCCGCUUCCCUCCCGAACGUGCCGAUUCUGCCUGGUCUCGACGGCUCGCAAUCAAGGUCACUUAUACCUGAGAACAACACAACUCUAGCCUCGCCUGGUACAUCGUUCAAGCAACGUCUUCUUCAUAAAGCGUCUAGCGUUCGCUUCAAGGUCAGGCGGACUGCUGAGCCUGGGGAAGACCGUCCACUAGAUCAUAAGGUCCCGCCAUCAGCCUUGCGGAAGUCCUUUGUCAAAGGAACGCCCACCACAGUGCUGCCUGACCUCGAUCGCACACCCGAGCAGUCACUACCUCGUAGCACGUCUCUCUCGCCCGUUGACUUCGAAUCGCUGUCCCAUCCCAUAAGAAGAUUUCAGCUCCCUCGUGAAGGACACAAGGACUACUCACAACAAUCGAUCACAACCAACCACACCUUCGUCAAGAUGGCGUCUGAAUCUGCUCAACCUCCAGUGUCUUAUUCCCGUCUACAGCAGAUCACGACCUCAGCGUGCGAGAAAGCGCUAGGAUCAAUUUCGUCCUACAACCAUGCCUCAACCGAAGACUGGAAUACUACAAUUAUCAACACGAUUCUCGGAACACUUGUGGAAGAAACCACACCACAAGCUGCCGACGGUGGUGCUGAUUCGCAACCUCAGCCGCCUUUCAAGUUUGUGGUCAACUCUACCAUUAUCCAGCACGCUCCCACAAGUUCAGGUGCCUCGGGCGAUCCGAGUGUGACCGGACGGAGAGGCAUGCAUGCGGCCAGCGGCGCUUUCUGGAGCAACGAGAAGGAUGGCAUGUGGAGCUACAAAUAUUCUGCGGCCGAGAACAAAGGCUUCGACGUAGUCGUCGGUAUCAUCUGGAUUUUCAUCGGCUAA